CGCUGCUUCCCGGGUUCCUGAGCCUCCGGGGGCAUGGGCGAAGGGGGCGCCCUGGGUCCUCGCGAGGGCCUGGCAAAGGGACUCCUGGAAGGAAUUUGCUCACUUAGUUUGAAAGUUUGAACACCAAAGCAGUGAUGGUGAAGUGUUGACAAAUCUUGCAAGAAGAUGCCAACACCGGGGAGAGGUCCAGGCAGACCUCCAAAGAACCCACGCACUUGCACGUGGUGUUCGGAGGUGAAGUCACAAUUGAAAUAUGUGUUCCCAACGAGCUCAGGAAAACGAGAAUUCUGCUCGGAAACGUGCCUCUCGGAGUACAGAAAGGCUCUUCGGAAGGGCACUUGUGCCAACUGUGACAAUGUCAUCCGCUCGACGCCAGUCAAGUGCGAGACUUCAUCAGGCCGUCGGCGAGAGCUGUGCAGCAAUGAGUGCCUUAAGGCCUGGGCCAAAAAAGAGAAGGACAAAGAGCAGCAGGGAGACACGGAGGAAGAAGCGGGCGUGGCCUCUUCGUCAUUCUCCUCGAUGACGAGCCCGCCCUCCAGCAUGUCCCCCUCCUCGGGCAACGGUGUGUCACCCAACGAGAAGGCCUCCCUUGGCCCGGAAGCAGCUGCGGGUAGGAAAGGGCGGGGUCUGAGUGCCGCAGCCUUGGCACAGAUAGAGGCUGCUGCAGAGUUCAAUUGGGAAGACUACCUCAGGGAAACCAACUCCAUACCCUCACCUGCCAAAUGCUUCAAACAGCACAAAAUCCCCCCCAAGAAUGAGUUCAAGAUUGGCAUGAAACUGGAGGCCUUGGACCCGCGAAACCUGACGUCCACCUGCAUUGCUACAGUGGUAGGCACAUUAGGCCCUAGGCUGAGACUCAGGCUUGAUGGCUCUGACAACAAGAACGACUUCUGGCGCUUGGUAGACUGCAACAAUGAGAUCCACCCUAUUGGACAUUGUGAGGAGCAUGGAGGAAUGCUGCAACCACCCCUUGGCUUCCGCAUGAACGCAUCAUCCUGGCCAAUGUUCCUCCUAAAGACACUGCAGAAUGCAGAGGUUUCCCCUCCACACAUAUUUCGCACAGAGCCGCCCACACCUGCCAAGAACUACUUUGAAGUUGGCAUGAAGCUAGAAGCUGUUGACAAGAAGAAUCCUCAGCUCAUUUGUGCUGCAACUGUUGGUGCCGUGAAUGGAGAUAUGAUCCAUGUGACAUUUGAUGGCUGGAGAGGUGCCUUUGAUUACUGGUGCCGCUAUGAUUCAAGAGAUAUUUUCCCUGUGGGCUGGUGUGCUAUGUCAGGGCACCCUCUGCAGCCCCCAGGCCAGAUGUGGGGCCCUCCCAGCAGCCGAUACAAGGCACGGGUCCUGAACAUCCCUCCUCCCCUGGCUGGUUCCUCAAAGUCCCCGGAAGUGCCCUCAGCGACUGCAGCAAACGACAAGAGCCCCUCGUCUGUGGCCAGCUCGCCCCUGGCCAAGUCUGGUGGCCGUGGCAGGCACCACUCCCCCUCCCCACCUCCAGGCAGCCCCCCCUCCUCCCAGCCACAGUCCACACCCACCAAGGCAGGCUCGCUGCAGAACUCAUCCUCAUCAGCAAAGUCAUCCACGUCCAACUCCGCCAAGUCAUCCUCGUUAAGUAAGCCAUCGUCAACCAGCAAGUUACCCCCCUCAUCUUCAUCCUCGUCAUCACCUUCGCCAUCAGCUCCAGCGCUCACAGUCAGUCAGUCGAGCGGCAAGCCCACCUCAUCUACUAAGUCAUCCACAUCAUCGGGGUCGCCUGCUAUGACCCCGCUCACUUCUACGCCCACCAAGACUCCUGCAGGAUCGGGAGGAUCGGAAGGCGUCAAUAGCACCCCUAGUGCCAGCCAGUCCACUGUACCACCCCCCAAUACGGGAACAUCGGCAGCCAUCACGUCCUCCACCACGCCCUCGGCCCUCCCACACCCAUCUAACCCCAGAACGCCUGAGCCCCCCACAUCGCCUUCCAUCACUUCCUCGCAGAAACCCCUGGGUGCCUCGUCAUCCUCCACGUCCUCCUCCUCCUCAUCCUCCUCUUCGUCCUCUUCGUCACCAGUGGUUGCUGGACUGGAGUCAACAAUACCUGUUCCUCAACAAAAAUCACCAAGUAUAACAGUUACAGAACCAGAUACCUCGACUGUCCACAAAUUAAGUGCCUCAGUUGUCGUUUAUGUUAAUCAUGGCUGCACGUGUGGACCAUACCUGGACUCUGGUCGCGUGAGCGAGCUCCCUGUCCAGUUUGGGCCAGGGAGCCUCAACCGUGUUGUGCGAGAGUCUGUCCAAGCCCUGGUUGAUGCCGCCCCUGACCCUCGUGCAGUCACUUCCCUCCUACCUCGUGGCAACGGCAAAGUUAUUAUCAAAGAUGGGGAUGCGGAAACCCAUCGACUAACAUCUCUAGAGAAAGUGGAGGAUUUCUGGAGUGCUUUGGAGUCACUCUUUGAAGAUCUGAUGUGCUGUGAGAACUUUUACACACAGCAGCCAAUCACCCAGUGUACCAAGUGUGCGCGGCAGAGUCCUGCACAAUUCAAAAGGGACCAAGAAGCAGCCCAGCAUGUGGCAGUGUCCAACAUCAAACGACCAGCCUCCAGUGAGCCCAGUGAUGUCCUCAGUCCAUCAAAAGUGGCUAAACGUGUAUUACAAGAGCCAUCCCCCUCUUCAGCAAGCGAGCCUGGGCAGAGCCCCCGGCCAAGAGGUGACCCAGCUGAAUGGACCGUGGAGGAAGUCAUCACUCACAUAGCGGCCACUGACCCUGCCCUGGCCAAUCAUGCUGACCUCUUCAGACGGCAUGAGAUUGAUGGGAAGGCUUUGCUGCUCCUCAACAGUGACAUGAUGAUGAAAUACAUGGGUCUCAAGCUGGGCCCAGCCCUCAAGAUCUGUAACCUGAUCAACAAAAUCCGUGGACGCAAGCACCUCGUCACCUAACAGCGCUGGAGCGAUGUUUUUCACCCAACGCUAGGCACCAGAGAGAGGAAUUACUCAGAAUUUUGUCUUGUGAAAUCAUUUAAUGAGUGGCUUACCUUUAAUGUUGUUUUAUUUUUCAUCGUAGUUUUUUAUUUUUUAUUUAUUUAUUUUUUUUUUUUUUUAGUUAUGGGAAGCAGUUCCAUCAUAAGAUUAAUUAUUAUAAUUUUUGCUACAAAAGAAGUCUGGUUAAAUCCCCCUCAUAAAAGCCGAAUAUGGUGAAGAGUUGACGUUCAAAGAGUUAAAGGAAAAUUCUAGACACACCCACUAGGAAAAGCAUAAUGCACUGGAAACCUCUGGAACGAGAUGUGAAGUAGACCUUUUUAUGAAACGAAACAUCCAAGUGUGACAAGCAGUUAUGCUUGCAGUGGGUAUGGCUUUCAUGUGAAUGACGGGUGGGCGUUCUACCUGCCGAUUGAAGUCUAGUGGAAGCAUUGUCCUGUUUAUUUUUUUUUUUUUUUUCUUUGGACUCAAGACAAGCUCUGAGAUUUCAUAGAUAUGUCCAACAGAGUGAUGAAGGUGGUGACAAUGCAACUUACUUUUUUGCUCUCAUCUGCUGCUGUCUUUGGUUUGUGGGCAGUUGUUUUGUAAGCAAAUGACUAUCAUAACAGGAGAACGAGCCUUACAAAGAAAAAAAAAAAGAUAUAAGAUAGGAAGAAGAUUAAAGAAUUUAUGUAGAUAUUUUUAUAUACAGUCAUGCAUUUAUUGCUUACCAUUGCUUGCAAUUAUAGUGCAAAUUACUUUUUGACGUUUACAACUUUGUCGUGUUUGGUGCGUCCCUCUUGCCCCCCUCCCACUCUUUCCUCCCUCCCUCCAAUGACUCUCUCAAUGUUGUAGAAUCACCAGUAGUUGUAUUUUACUCCUGUUAGGUGUUUCAUAUCAGCCGUGGAAGUGCGCGCUGGCCAUAUCAAAACUCACCAAUCUUAUGCAAGUAAAAUCAAGACUUGGAUAUAAGGGAGCCUGCUGUGGGGUGCCCGCCGUCUCAAUGCCUCACACGUGGCUUCCCUUGUCUUGUCUCUCCCUUGCCCUUAUUCAUCUUUUUCUCUCCUCCUCCUCCUCCUCCUCCUCCUCACACUUGUAGCCUUGCAGAAAUCUUUGCAUUUGCCAGUGGUUGUAAAUGUUUACUUUUUCAACUUAGCUUUAGAAGAGCUGUAUCACAUUAGAAGAAAAAGAGAGAAAAAAAAAAAGGACAAAUUGUUUGUGAAAUAAAGUAAAGCGAUAAUUUUGACACUAUAUUUUGUAAGGAGUAAUUUCUAUUAGUCGAGAUAAGACGUGGGAGUGUCUGCCAGCAACAUUUAUUACAAAUAUGUUCUCUACUUGUAAAAGUUUAGGAAUGUGUUGAACCUCUGAAAUGUCUUCUCUUGUUUUGUCAAACACAUUUCACCAUUCUUUUCUCUUCCUUGCUGCAGGUAGGAGCAGUUGUCCAGGCAUUUUUGUGUGUAUGAUGCAGUCAUUAUUUACAAAUGGGAGAAAAGACAGUAGAUUAUAAGAAGUUGAUGUAUAUGGCAGUUACAGCACAUUUCUUGCAAUAGAACAGUGCAGAAACAUUUGAAGAAAGUUUAAUAUUUUUUGUCAUCAAAACUAAUAAUCUCUUGUGCUCUAAGAAUAUGGACAAAAUGUCAAACAAAUUAUUUUAUAAUCUUGAUUAAAAACAUCAGAUGGUUGGGGCUGCUUAUUCAAGUUGAUAGGUCUUUUAGUUGUUUUCCUGUUUAGAGUUGUGUGCAGAUGUCACAAACUGGGGUCCAGAGAUCUUUCUACUGCUACAUCUGUAAACUAUGCCUUGGUAAUUAGUACCUUCUAGAAGAUCAUCAAAUGUAUUUUAUUUUUUUAAUUAAUGUAUAUUUAUUCUUGAGUGUAGGAAGUUUUCUCUGGGAUUGUGGUUGCCUGACAUCAAGUCGAGCCAUUGGGGUGAGGGGCAUGUGGCUUUCAUUGCCUGUUGGCAAUGACAGGGCCCCUUAUCCACAAGGCCACGGAGUUGAGCUUGACUGGUAUGGCAUACUCCAGGUGACAAAGCAUUUUGUCUUCAAUUGUAAGAGUUCAUUGGCUCUUUAUUGUUUUGUUCCUCCAAAUUUUUAACCAAAUUCUUGCAAUCCUACUAACACACACUUAUCUAUUCACAGCCGCACACACCCACUUACGCUUACACUCACACUCACUCUCUUGUACUCACAUGCUCACUCAAACUCUGACUCUGACUUGUACACUCACACCUAUACCCAUGCCCAUGCUUACACCCACAUCCACACCCAAACUCAUGCAUAUAUGCAUGUACAUAUUCACACUUGGUCACAUGCAUACUUGCUCAGUGACACGCGCACACACAUGAAUAAUAAAUACCCCAGCACAGUGUCCACAUGUACACCCCUGGAAAUGACCAGACUAGUUGAUGUGAAUCGAGUGAUGGCACAGGAAAAGCACUUGCUCAUUCCACCAGGAUGCCCUUGCAGAGGCUUGGAAGCUGAGUUGUAGAAGCAGUUUACUAUUCCCAUCAAAUCAUUUUUGUCCCAUGGCACUGAAUUUAAUAUCACAAGGAAGGAGGGAGGACCCAGGCAUUGUGGACUCUCCAUGUGUGGCUGUGAGGUGCGUGUGCUUAUUUUGAAAGGCUGAGAAAGUUUGUUUACGUGCGUGAUAUUGCUUUAAAGCAUGAUUAUCCCUGAGCAGGGCUAUUAACGAAUGUAUUAUAGGUCAUCUAUUCCUAACAUGUUGAGUUUCAUUCUUUUGUCUAUAUUUUAAUGCUUGUUUACUUGUUUUGGAUAUUCCCAGAAAAGAACAGAGAGGCUUGGAUAUACAGGAUAAGUCAUUUGUAUCCAAAGGUACAACCUGAAGGGGCCCACCGUCAUAUUAACCAUGUGAGUUUCGUGCUGUUGUUUCAUGCAGCACAAGUUGAUUCCUCUUGGAUGGGUGAAGCCGCAAAAGUACAAGACAAACUUGCGUGGAAAGCACACGCUUCUGUUUAUAAUGUAUCCCAGAAUUGAUUGAGAUUAUUUUCUCGCUCUUCUAUUUUUAGUGCGUGUUACUUUAGUAUUUCUCCCCGUGUCCCCAGAUGUGAAGGGGUUCAAAAUUUGUGAUAUUAGAUUAAGGCUGGUCUGCGUGAUGCUAGUACAAUUUUAAAGUUCAUCUAAGACAUACUUUACUGAUAAAAGCUACAAAUGACUUCACAGAUGCUAGCCUUUGCAUAUUUUUAGCUGUGAAAGCCACUGAAAGAUGGGGCACAGCAACCGCUCAGCUUGUGUCUAGGGUGAAGGCGGAGAGAGAAGAUGGUGGUGGCAGGAGCUGCAGUUGAGCUUGGCAGGCUAACGGGAUGUAAUUCCAACCACACUGGAGUGCCAAAAUGGCCAACUAAGAUGUUCCUUUCAGUUGAAUUUAUUUUCUCUGAUGAAUAUCAUCCAGCAUGUAGUUGACAGGAGCUGAGGUUGAUAUUUACAAAGUUCACUUUACAAGGAAUUUCAUCCUCGGCUUCAGAAGAUAUAGCUUUGCCAACAAAGGAGUUCUAGAAGUAAGCCUUGGAUUUGAGUUUGCCUCUUUUGUUUUUCUCCUUGCUGCAGCCACUGUGUGAUAGGUAUUCCUUGUAUCUGAAUAGGUUGUUAAUAAUUUCAUCAGAUUUGUUGCCAAAAAGUGAAAAAGAAAUUCUUGUUUAUUUUACUGGCACUGUAGACACUGCAAUUACAUAUUUUAUACCAAGUCAGGAUCCUUCCAUGUAAGAUUCUCCUCUGAAUCUGUUCAGUUGUUGCUUCUUGAAAGGCAGGAGGCUGCCAAAGGCCUUGCUAGCAGCCUUUCAUCUAGAGGCAGUUGCAGUAUUGCAUCUCAUGGCACUGUAACUAGUGUAUGCCCCAAGAUGUACACUAGAGACUAACUGUUGAUACAAGUCCUGUUUUAGAGAGAUUAAAUCUGAAAAUGGGAGAACACAAGAAGGAAGGCAGGAUAAUCACUUGAGGGGUUACUGUGGCUUUAAGUUUCUGUUUUGUCUGGGGUGACAAUGAUCGAGAGGUGGCAACCCACAUCACCAUAGAUUUUGUGGGAGUAUGUAUGCCUGCGAUUUAUCUUUUUGCCUAAUAUUUAGCGAGAGAGAGAGAGAGAGAGAGAGAGAGAGAGAGAGAGAGAGAGAGA